AUGCUUUGCGGCUGGCGGAGGUUCCUGGUGCGGCAUGGCGGAACAAACGGAUGAAAACAUUCCCGUGUAUGAGGUGACACACUUGAACACUAAGAAGAUACAUGUCGCCUCCUUCGGACAUUUGUGGAGACAGAAUCUGAGCGGCUGGGACCUGAGUCUGGAGGAGGUGUCCUCCGUGGACUUGGGGGAUGACGAGCUGGCUGCAGAGCUGGACUGCACGGCGGAUGUAGCGGCCGAGAUCAAGAACCUGUGCAGUGUGAACUUGUUAAAAAGUAAUGACGAAGGAAAGGAAGCUGAUCCGGAGAUAAUCCCUGAAGAUAGCUGCCUAGUGACUUUGAGUAUUCGAAACAAAAUCAAUGAAAGACGUAAGGAAUUGCUGGUUGAUCGAGCAUUCCGUCAGGAGACCUUCCAUUAUGAAAUGGAGUCCCGUGGUUUAGGAACAAGACCAGAUGAUCCUUCCGAUAUGGUUGAUGAGGGAGAACUUGUGCUAACGCUGAACAUUUUUUAUCCGGUUAUUUUUCAGAAGCACAAGAUGUACAAGCCCUAUGAGACAGUUCUUGUGCUAGGUAGCCAGAGGCUGACAGAUCUUCGAGACGCCAUUAAGUGUGUCAGUGACUUACAGAUUGGAGGAGAAUUCAGCCACAAUCCAGACCUGGCACCUGAAAAUAUUUGCAAGGAUCUCUUUAAAUCUGCUUUCUUCUAUUUUGAAGGCAUUUUUUACAAUGAUAUGAGAUAUCCAGAAUGUAGAGAUAUAAGCAGAACCAUAAUUGAAUGGUCUGAAUCCCGUGAUAGAGGAUGUGGGAAAUUUCAGUCAACCAAGAUGGAAGACUUUACGUUUAAUGACCUUAAUAUAAAAAUUGGCUUCCCUUACUUGUACUGCCAUCAAGGAGAUUGUGAGCACAUUGUUACUUUUACAGAUAUAAGGUUGAUACAUCACGAAGACUGCUUAGAUAGGAGGCUGUAUCCGUUGCAUACCAGAAAACAUUGGUUUUGGACAAGAAAGUGCAAUGUCUGUAAACUGUAUGUUGCAAAAUGGGUGACUAACCAAGACAGCCUUGCUCCAGAUGACCCGUGCUUCUUCUGUGACGCCUGCUUCAAGAUGCUUCAUUAUGACAUGGAGGGCAAUAAACUUGGAGACUUUGUUGCAUAUGCUUAUGUUGACCCAGGAACAUUUAACUAAAAUUCAUACUUGACAAGAAAACAAGUUUACCAGAUAUCGGAGGUCAUUGAUUCCGUGUACAGGAAAUAACUAGAACUAACUUUUCAGUACCGAAACUGCAGUUCUGCAAGUCUAGUGUUGGCCAAGGAACUAGAGGUUAGAAAUGCUGAUGUUAGCUUUGGUACAUAGAUGUACCUUCCAAUAGGGAUCGACCGAUAUUGAUUUUUUUGAGCUGAUA